AUGGCUGCAGCAGACGCGGAGGCGUUCACCCUCCUCUCUCUGGGUCUAGUCUUCAUUAUUAUCCGAAUUUACGUGAGAUGGACGUCGGUCGGCCCUGCCAACUUCCAGGCGGAUGAUUACUUGAUGCCCUUGGCCGGGCUAGCGUACACUGCCGAAACAGUAGCGGCGUACCUGGUUGGGGCCUUGUUCGGUGGACUCACGAAUAGUUACAUGACUCCUGAAGAACGUGCCGCACUUGACCCAAACUCGCGCGAGUAUUAUGAUAGGCAAUGGGGCUCGAAAAUCCAGGUGAUCGGGUGGUCAUUCUAUGCAUGCAUCCUGUGGUUGGUGAAGGCCUGUGUGGCCGUGUUCUAUUCCCGGUUGACCACUGGGCUCCAAAACCUACCAGGUCGAGUGCGGUUCGCAUACGUCCUCAUCGGAGUGACCUAUCUUGCUGUAGCAUUGUCUAUCUUGCUUGGAUGCCAACCGAUGCAUAAGUACUGGCAGAUUAACCCAGAUCCAGGAAAUAUUUGCCAACCCACCAGGUCAACGCUCUACGUUCUUAUUGUGGUCAUUCCAAAUGUAUUGACCGACCUGUACCUGAUGUCUAUUCCGCUACCAUUGUUAUGGAAAGUCAACAUUGGUAUUAGGAGAAAGAUUACCCUAAUGGCUUUGUUCAGUGGCGCCUCCUUCGUGAUCAUGGCCGCUAUCAUCCGUGCCGUAACCAUUAUGACAUCCGGACCUGAAGGCGCAGUCUCGGGUAGCAAAUGGGCCUGUCGCGAAACAUUCGUCUCCAUCGUUGUCGCUAACCUCCCAAUCAUCCAACCCCUUAUCCGCCGCGCGCCCAGAAAGUCGGUCUCAGCGGCCUUUUCAGUUCCAGCGGUGGACCUUCCAGCUACGGCCGUCACCGCACACAGUCCUUCCCACUAG